UUAUCCUCUUGCAGGACUUUCCUACAAAAGCCCUGCAACUCCUCCUUUCUUCGCAGAAGAAAGAUUAUACUCGUUCUCUACAUCUUCUUCCAACAUCUUCUCUCUUCUGUUUCCUUCACCCCAUCUCUUCGUAUAUAUACUUAUUUUGUGUUAAGGCCAAAGACUAUUUUCACGUAAACAAAAUAAGUUUAUAUAUAUAAUAUAUAUCAUACGUACACAUAUACACCCUUGUAAGAAAGAAGAAGAAGAAGUCAUGGCUAAUUUCCUUCACAAGCUUUGGGACGAAACCCUUGCUGGUCCAGCACCCGACACCGGCCUCAGUAAACUCCGCAAAUAUGAUUCCUUUUCGGCCACCGGUUCGCCUCCUAUGGUGGCUGAUGGUGAGGUGCAAGUAAGUCGGAGCAUUACCAUUCUUAGGGCGAAUUCCGCUUUUAACAACCUCUCGGUUGAUCCCGGUUCGGCCCCGGUGUCUCCCGCGGGCUCUGCCACCCCUAGAACACCAUUAACACCGGAGACACCUGGCGUGGACAUCAUGAAAAAAUAUACGAGGAGAAAAUCGCUGGUCGGAGCAUUAGAACAACCUGAGUCUAGAAGUCCGACCGCUUUCGAUUGGAUCGUGAUUAGUGCUUUGGAUCGUUGAGAAAGGAAGUGACGAUUUGUUUGACGUCGGUCUCGGCAAUAUAUAAUAUAUUUGUACAUAUAUCUAGACUAUAUGUUAUGCAUCUGCAUAUAAAUAUAACACCUUAGUCUAGUAAUAAUAAUAAAAUGGUUCGGCCGAAGAAUAAUCACAAGAGUAACCAUUGCUUCCAUGGGUUUCUGUAAAUUGAGUCUUCUUUUUCUGGGUACCUUCAGGUGAUUGAGCUUUGAGCUUUGGAGUGUUUUUCUUGUUCUAUUUUCUUUUUUCUUUUUGUUCAUGUGUACGUUUCUCUGUAAAUAUGGAUUAUGUAUUAUGAAUCUUCUUCGAAUGACACUCAAAUGGAAUCUGUUGAAAAUGAGUUCUUUUUCUGUAUGCA